UCACAUCGUGUCAUGCUGUAUCCCUGUGAGGACGCACGCCGUUCAGGAAAAACGAGUUUGGAGACAUUCUCUUUGUCAUCCUCCCUCCUCCUUGUUUUGCUGUCUUCCUCUCGCUCUUUCAUGUUAACACUUGACAGUAUCUUCAGGUGGCUGAAUUGAUUCUACCUCUGCCUGCGACGUCUACCAGGCUGAUCAUGGACUACUCUCAGUCUUUCUCAGACCUCAACGAGAGGCUGAGACCUCGAUUCACCACCAGCCACCAGCUCUACUCCUCUCUGAACAGGCUGGAGCUCAGACAGUCUUACUCGCUCAGGAGCUUACCUACAACUUACCGGCCCACAAUUCUGCCAACAAAACCAGAUCCAGAGGAACCCCAGGAGGAUUUGGUCUCUGAUGUUCCAGAAGGUGGACAUGGUGCAGAUCCGCUGCCCUUUGACAACUCGUGCCUCAUCACUGAGUUGAAUUUGAAAGAUGAGGGUGACGAGGAGCUGGUCGACGAGGAUGGCAGCACCUCGUCAACCAAGGAGGGAGACGUUCAGGGUGAGCUGACCUCAAAGGAGACAGGUGAUUCCUCGCAGUCAGCAGCCGGGGAAGGUGGGAGCUCCAUCCAGAGGAGCUACGUAGAUGGGACUCUACCAGACCUGAUCAGGAGCGGCAGGCCGCUCGGCAGACGCCGGACACUGGGCCACUUCUCAGACACGCUUAAAGAAGUGCGCAGGGAGGUGGAGCUGUCUCGGAGACGGAGCAUCAAGCUGAAGGCCCAGGUUGACAAACUGCAGGAGAGCAGAGAAGGAGUGGGAUGGAGCCAACACAGAGAGAGGGUCACAGAGGAGGUUCUGUCCGUUCUGCGGCUGCUGCACCCGCUGACGGAGCCCGAGUCCGGCCCGCCCGAGCCCCCUCGUGGGGAAAACCAGCUGGACGCUGCCCUGGCCCAGCUGAAGGAUGUGGCCCGCAGACUGGCGAUCAUCCACACCGAAGAGGUCAAAUCUGGAAAAGGAGCGGAGGACAGUGCCGUUCUCCAGCAGGCCCUGUGUGACAGAGACGAUGCCAUAGAGAAGAAGAAGGCGAUGGAGGCCGAGCUGCUGCGGAGCAAAACAGAGAUGAUGCUGCUGAACAACCAGCUGCUGGAGGCCGCACAGAAGCGCCUGGAGCUGUCGCUGGAGGUCGAGGCCUGGAAGGAGGACGUCCAGCUGAUCCUCCACCAGCAGCUGCACAGUCAGCAGCAGGCAGAGCAGGCCCAGAGGAAGCCCACCCGCCUGGGCAUCCUGAGGAGAAACAACAGAGCGCCCAUGCAGCGGCCGUCCAACAUCUCUUCGCCUGCACCGGCCCCUCCCUCGACCAACUCCAGCCAAAUCUUCGUCUCCAGAUCUGCAGUUUCUGCUCCUCCGACUGCCAGCACGCCUCCCGCUGCCGGCACCCAACGCAACUGGAGGGACAAGCUGAGGAUGGGCAAGACCAGUCGUCAAGGAGACCAGGAUGCAGCGGGGCAGGAGGCAGAGUCGGGCAGGGGUGAUGGCUUCCAGGUUGUUCCACUCGAUUGAAACAAUGACCACUUUGCACUUUGAGUAUGUUCAUUCUGAUGCACUAAAGUCCCCCUCCACUCCACUGUGGGGGUUUUCUUACCGUCACUUGGAUGAUUGAGCUUCGCUGUGCAGCUUGCUGCAUAGCACAUGACUAGUUUUGAACCAAUCAUGGUUCAAUAUGCUACUUACAUAUAUGUUGCUUACUUCCAUGCAUGUAUACAGAGAACGGACUCUUUAUUUUUGAAAUGAACAACAUUUAGUCAUGAAUUCUGGAUUUUUCACAGUGAGGAAUUUAAAGAGUUUUUGAGGUAACUGAACUUUUUUGUGGGAAAAACCACAUCAGACACAAAUUAUUAUUACAAGCCGGCUCUUUGACUCAUUUACUGUAUAUAAGAAAUACAUGAUUAUGAAUGUAUGCCAUGUAUUUUUUAAAAUUCUGUUAAGCCUAACACUUAAUUUCCUGAAUAGCGUUAGUUGUCAUGUUGUAAAUAAAUGAUAUUCUUAUGCAGAAUCUCCUUCAAAUCUCCUGCUGAGUCAGAUUGCGC